UUGAGGCGAGCGAAUGAGUGCGGGCUGAAGUGCGCUUGUGUUUGUAGAUAUUCAGACGGGCAGUCACGGCGCUGAAGCUGUUCACGGAGUUGUCAGGUGGCUUUUACGCUUCUCUAACGCGUCUUAGCUUGAUAUCCAACGGGAUUUUAAAACAACUGUACCAAAUGAACACUAUAAUAGAGAAGAAGAAGCACACCGCGCUCAGGUGUUCAGAGAGAUAAGGACUGGACCUCACUAUACCUGCAGGACCUGGGACAUACGAACAUAAACCAGAACUCAGACAUUUCCUGGAUUCAUUCUUUGAAUUGAGCUCAAAGUUCCUUCUGGACAGUUUGGAGCAAAGCAGUGACCUCUUCAAGUGUGUCUUUCUGAAUUCACCGGAUGCACCAUGCUGUUGGGCAGUCUAUGGUCAGUCCAGGUUCUCCUGGCUCUAUCUGUUCCAACAUUGGGUUCGGACGGUGAACCUCAGAACGCCCCUCGGGUCUUCUUGUCCUUCAAAGAUCUGAGGUCUACGGGUACAUCCCAUCACUUCUCUUUCCUGUUGAACACAUCAGACUAUCGCAUCCUGCGCAUGGAUGAGGAUCACGACCGCAUGUAUGUGGGCAGCAAAGACUACAUCCUGUCUCUGGACCUCCAUGACAUCAACCGAGAACCUCUCAUAAUACACUGGCCUGUUUCCCCACAGAGGAAAACGGAGUGUGUUUUAAGUGGCAAAGACACAAACGGCGAGUGUGGUAAUUUCAUUCGUCUGAUCGAGCCGUGGAACAGGACACACUUGUACGUGUGCGGGACAGGCGCCUACAACCCAGUGUGCACUUAUGUCAACAGAGGACGCAAGCCUAUGACUGCCAUGCAUCUCCAGAUGCCCCAGACCAGAGGAAGAUCUAGUCGUGCAACUGAACCUGAAACAGUGUUUGAUGAGACAGGACUACAGGAAUAUAUCUUCCAUCUGGAGCCCGGCAAGGAGGAUUCUGGGAAGGGAAAGUGCCCAUAUGAUCCAAAACUGAACAGCGUCUCAGCUUUGAUUAAUGGAGAAUUGUACGCAGGGGUGUAUAUUGAUUUCAUGGGGACAGACUCUGCUAUUUUCCGAACUUUGGGGAAAAACACAAUCAUGCGUACUGACCAAUACAACUCAAGAUGGCUGAAUGACCCCUCAUUUGUCCAUGUGCACCUUAUCCCUGACAGCAACGAAAAAAACGAUGACAAACUCUACUUUUUCUUCCGCGAGAAGUCUUCCGAGAUGGGCCAGAGCCCCAAAUCACAGUCACGCAUCGGCCGAAUCUGCCUGGAGAAAAGGGGAGGAAAUUUGCCUCAGGUUGGCACGGGCAAGAGAGAGAGAGAGAGUCUUCAAAGGGAUGUGUACAUACAGCCUACGCAGGACACUAAAAAUCCCGUCAUCUAUGGGGUCUUCUCUGUGUCUGGCUCUGUAUUCAAAGGCUCAGCGGUCUGCGUCUACUCAAUGGCGGACAUUCGGAUGGUGUUCAAUGGACCUUUUGCUCACAAAGAAGGUCCCAAUUAUCAGUGGGUGGCCUACACUGGAAAAAUCCCCUACCCUCGUCCAGGAACAUGUCCUGGUGGGACUUUCACCCCCAACAUGAAGUCCACGAAAGACUAUCCUGACGAGGUCAUCAACUUCAUGCGGAACCAUCCCACCAUGUACAAUACUGUGUAUCCGGUGCACAAGCGCCCCCUGGUGGUCAGGAACAACGUAGACUAUGAGUUCACCACCAUCACUGUGGACCAGGUGACUGCAGCCGACGGCAACUACGAAGUGCUCUUCCUGGGUACAGACAGAGGUACAGUACAGAAGGUGAUCGUCCUGCCCAGAGAUGACCUGCAGACAGAGGAACUAGUGCUGGAGGAAGUGGAGGUCUUUCAGGUCCCUACUUCCAUCACAACUAUGAAGAUUUCUUCAAAACGGCAACAACUAUAUGUAGCGUCAGCGGUUGGUGUGACUCAUCUGGCCCUGCACAGGUGUGACGUCUAUGGCGAGGCCUGCGCAGACUGCUGUUUGGCCCGGGACCCUUAUUGUGCGUGGGACGGCAAGUCCUGCUCUCGGUACUCUGCCUCACAGAAGAGACGCAGUCGGCGACAGGAUGUGAAAUACGGAAAUCCCAUACGGCAGUGCCGAGGAUACAAUUCCAACACUAAUAAGAACACUCUGGAGACGGUGCAGUAUGGGGUGGAGGGCAGCAGCACGUUUUUGGAGUGCCAGGCCAGAUCACCCCACGCUGCCAUUAAAUGGCAUCUCCACCGGGACAACAGCGAUAGAAGGAGAGAGGUCCGUACCGAUGGGCGCGUGUUGAAGACCGAUCAAGGCUUACUACUGCGUUCCCUCCAGUCCUCAGACUCUGGCAUCUACGUCUGCACAGCCACAGAGAAGAACUUCAGGCACACCUUGGUCAAACUUCAGCUGGUGGUCUUGACCAACCAGGCCGUCAACAACAUCCUGGUGGAAACGGGCCGUCCGGCGGCUUCUUCGCUCCAAUCCAGCGCCUGGACCCCCAGCGCCGGACAAUACAAAGACCUUCUGACUAUCCUCAGUCAGCCUGAGAUGGGCCUCAUAAACCAGUACUGCCAGGACUAUUGGCAGUACGGAGACCCGCUGACGGGGGUCAUCAAGGCCCAAGACCUCAAAGAGCUGAAGGAACAGAAGAAACCGCGGAAUCGCAGACAUCACGGGGAUGAAGAGGAGACAUGAGGGGGUUUCCGCCCCCUGGUCCUAUAGGAAAGACUUCUAAAAGAGUAAAACCUGGGGAAAAAAACCGAACAACUUCCAUCAAAUGAAACAGAACUUUGCAAGCAACAAACGGAAUUCCCUUUUAACAGAUAAAGAUGAUAUCAUACACAGUA